CCGCCCCCGGCUUGCGCCCCGCGCCGCCGCCCCCUGCGACUCGCGAGCCACAGUUGUUGAGGGCCGCGCCGGCACUCGUCGUCUACCGAGACCACCGGGUACCGUGUUAUUGUUUUGUGGAAUGCUCUAAGAGCAAAAACAUGAGGAUUCUGUUGUGGACGGUGGCGGUCUGCGUGCUCGCCACAGCCGCGAGGGCGGAGCGCGGGGGCUCCCUCAGAGGAGCUCUGGAGGCGCUGCAGCGGCGACAACGGGGCCGCAUGCACACUCCACCAGACUAUGAGGCUCUGUACGAAGUGCUGCCACCACAAGCAUACGCAGAGCCAGAAUAUGAAAUGGAUUUAGAAGGUAUGGAAGAAGAGGCGCCUCCAAAGUACAUUGUCAAGCUAUUGGACGGGAACGAGAGACCCGCCGAUGCGUACGAGUACAAAGUUAUCAAAAAGAAUUCGGCGCACAAUAACGCUAACCAACGGAAGCAGUCUGCGUUUCGGGAGCGCACCCAGCACUCCGACAACGACAAGUUGCGAGACUUGUUUCUCGACAGCAACGAUAUAGAAGAAAAAGAGAACACGGUGCCCGAAAAGUUGGAAAAUGACGCCGAGUACGCCCUGCUCCUCGGUCAACUGUGGGCGAAGUAUAAAUCUAACAAAGCUCACAACAGGGAGAACGCCCCUCAAGGCGUCGUCAAGCUGUACAAGGACAAAAUGGUCAAAAAAAGCUACCCCGACAGCUGGGGCCCGAUCGCUUUCAAAAGGAAGCGAAGCUCCGAUAUAGAUACUGAAAAACCGGAGACUAUUGAGUAUGAAGUCGGCAAGAACCGCGGUGACGACGUCGGACCGAUGAACCCAAACUUUAGUUACGACACCGACAAUGAUAAGGAUGACAUGCACGAGGAAUACGCGAUCGCGUUCCAACCCCUCGACGAUGACACACUGUCUGAUCUAGUCGAUGAGGAUCAGUACGCCUAUGAUGCUUUGGAGAAACGGUUUCCGGUCUCCAAAAGGAGCAGCGAGCCGUACGUUUACGGUACGCCGAAGAAAAGAUUUGCCCUCGAACGAGAUAAUGAUAAGUCUAAAACGUUUCGAACCACCACCGGUACUGACCCGAGAAUCAUCAAAGAUUUAUCAAAAAUAUUUGGGGAACCCGAAAUCGCGAUAAUUAAAACACCAGUCAAAAGAAGUAGCGACUACCACAGUGAAUCUCACGAAAUUUUGCCACCCAAUUUGACCGCCAUGCACCACAAUAGUACCGACGACCACCACAACCAUACCGUAACCGAUGAGCACAGUCACGAGCACCAGGGUCACAAUAUGCACCCACCCAAUGUUUCAGGAAAGGAAACUGUUUCAGAGCACGAGGAGCAUAAACAUAAGGAUUCUCAUGAGCAUGACCACGAUCAUAAUCACGACCAUAAUCAUCACGAUCAUAAUGGAAUGCAACAAAAAACUACGGAAAAACCCAUCAUUUUAAAAAAGAAAUCGAUCGAUUGGUCUGAUUAUUUCGGAAUUGAUAGGCGACGAAAGAAGUCUCUAGGAUUUGUUAACAAUCUUAACGAAGAUCGUAUGAAGAAGCAAUACUUCGAUACUUUCAACAAGGAAGUUAUCUAUCCUUUAAACUCCUUUAGAAAGCAUAGCUAUGUUAAAAGAAAUUACGCUCAAAAUAUUUCUCCCGAUCAACCUGAAAUACAGAAUAACAAAAAAUCGCUUGUAAUUCGAGAUGAAAAAAGGAGCACGGAAUCUGAUAGCGACACGAAGCUGGACAAUAUUGAUAAAAAAUUAAAGAAUAUGGAGGGUUUGAUUGUGGAUGAAGCACUUCAUUACACGAACAUCGGAGAAGAUUUAGACUCAAAAGAGGAACAAGAAAUGAAAGAAAAACUGCUGUCGAGGCUAGCCGCGGCAUAUAGCUUAGAAAAAAUGCGUAAAGCGCUCAAGGAAUUUAAACAAAGCCUUCAGGUACAAAAGACUCUGCCGACACACUCGGCGCCUGAAAUAGGAGAAAAAGACAAAAAAGUCGCGGUCAAGAAAGAAAAAGCGCUUCUGACAAAUGACAUUCCAAACUUUUCUAAAAGUCCAGGAAGGGCCGACGAUUUCGAAGACGAGCAGGGCGCAGGGCACUACCUGAACGGCAAGAUCGAGGAGCAGCUAUCGGAGGGCUACAUGGGCGGCAGUGGGAGACACCGCGUUCCUGUUUUGUCUACGGCGACUUCGUCUGGCUCGUGUCCUGUGCUGGCGAAGAUUAUCGAACGAUGCCGGGGCGUGGACCUGCUCGCCGGCGACCGUGGACAGCUGUUCCUGCCUCUCUGCAGCCUUCACCAGAUAUGCUAUUUAUGUGGCGAGGCACCACCGACGACUUGUGACCUCGUUUUCCUGGCGGAGGCGGACUCCACAUGCGAGGGCGACAUGAGCUGCGGGCGCGCGGCGCGCUCCACGCUGAUGGCGCUGCGCGAGCUACACGACACCCUGGCGGACGAGCUGGACGGCGAGUGCGAGGCCAGCCCCUGCCUGCACCGGACCCUCGAGCUGAACCUGGGCUGGCAGCGAACCCUGCGAUAGACGCCGCGAUCACUCCGGAUUUACUCUGUUCGACGAUCGCCGAUGAUAUAUUGUCGUCGUAUUUUUAACGCCAUUGCGGUUAUAUAUUGAGUUAGCGUUGCGUUCUCCCCGCGGGCCUAACCAGCCGUAGGCGCGCGGGGGGCGAUGGUAGUAGUCGCUUGGCCAUCCACUGUAACUUUGAUCACCUAUGCUUUAAUCGUUACGUGUACGUAUGGGACGGUAUGGGCCGCCGGUUGGCGUGUGUCGGGCGGCGCGCGGCGGGAGGAGGUGGUUCGGAGGUUUUUGCUUCCGACUGCGGAUGGCUCGGGGUCUUCGAUGUUUUAAAACGGUGUACUUAUCUAUUGUUGUUGAACAUAUACUUACAUAUUAUACAACGUUUGAAUGUCUCAUAAAAUAGGAUAUUAUUAUAUUAUUAAAUGUUUACUAAAUGUAUUUUGGGCUUCACUCGUAAAGAUUUUAGAUGUGAAUAUAAGAGUAUAAUAUUAUAUUAUAUAUUAUACUAUGAUCUAGUCAUAUUUUGAUUACGUGUUUUAAUUGUUUUUCAAAAACUAUAAGUAAUAUUAUUAUAUUUCGACUAUCCCAUUUCAAACCGAGUAGGUACGUCUACAUAGUUUAAUAAUAUUAUUUUCUACUAUCUUUUGCUUUCCUAAUUGAAGCAUAACAUUUUUUAAGCUUACAUUACUUAUAUUUUUUACAUAGCUACAUAGUAUAUACUUUGAAUAUUUUGAUAUUUGGUAUCAGUACCUAAUUUAUUUUGUAGUGGGAUAGUCGACAUCUGUAUGUCGCGAGUCGCGACUGUACGUCAGACGAAGCACAACUUAGCACUAUAGUACACACUCUAGACUUGACUAGGACAAUAAUAUCUUUUAUUUGCUUCGCGUUACUAAAUUAUCGUAAGUCUUUGGAGCAUCAUACGUGACACUUCAUUGGAAAAACGCCACAUAAAUACUUUAUUACGGAAAACUUUUCUGAAAUUCUGGCUGUGAAACAAAAAUAUCAUACAGCCCUUGAUUUUAUACUUACACAAAAAAUAAAUAUAAUAUACUAAAUUAUACCGGUGUACUGGAUUAUUGCCAAUUAUUGCGGAGACACAUAUAAUAUGCCAUUGGAUCCGUCUUCGGUCUUCCUUCGAGUAUCGAUCGUUUAUAUCGUGCGGGCCCGGCUCGACUCCGGCUACGAGACUCGAGAGUCUACAAAUAUAAUAUACUAGUAAUCUGUGCUCGAGAGUCGGUCGAGUCCCGCCUUCGGGCCAGCGCAGACAGAAAGGAGCGCUACCAGCGGAGAGGAUUUUAUUAACGCACUUGAAAAUAAACUUUAAAAUUAUGACACUAAUGUGAUAAGGGAUUCCCUCGUAUCCUCGAGGACGUGCGACUUGCGAGCAUUUCUUGUAAGAUUCAAGCAAAGUUUAUUUUCAAGUGCGUUAAUAAAAUCCUCUCCGCUGCGCUUCCUUUCUGUCCGCGCUGAUCCUUCUACUUCGUCUGUUAUAUUAGUGCUAGGUUACUAGGCUUAGUGACUUCAUCUCAUCCUGAUCCUGAUAUCGUCAGACUCGAAUGUCAUAAGACACUGUUCGUAUUAGGUACAUUAAUAUAAAUGGUUUUCAAAUAAUUUUGUUUUAUUGUCAACGACUCGUAUAAAAAGGUAUGUAAUAACUAAUAAAUAAGUUUCCGUGAAUUCAGCAGCAGAGCCCGCAACUCCUCUUCGAUUUCUCGAAGUACGUGUACUCC